AACCUUAAAUAUUAAAGUUCACACUUGUUUAUUUUCAAUCAACAUCUGUCACCUGUCAGUAACCUGUCAGUGGAGCCGUCAAAGUUCUGUCAGCGUUUGUUAUUAUUAUAAUAUGGUAAAUAAUUAACAUUUGUAAAUAAAGUCGGGGUAAAAAUCAAAAGAAAUGAUAUUAACAGACAUCAUAUACAGAAUAUUUAAGUAAGAAAUAUAAAAAGUAACUGCAAAGUGAAUUGUUACAGGACAUGGAUGGUAUAUGGCAUUUUUCUACAAAGGAACAUAAUAGAAAAAAAGAGUUUUUAAAUUUAGAUAAUACAAAAGAAGAAACCGUUAUAAAAACAGAAGUAAAAGAUGAUAUAUUUGAAAGUGAAAUCGAAUUUAUUGACGAAACUCGUUACUAUAAUAUAAAAAAUGAACCAUUAAAUUUAAAUGAUAUAAAAGAAGAAACCACUAUCCAACCAGGAGAAGAAAAUACUUUUGAAGGUAAAAUUGGGCUUACCACCGGAAUAUGGGGUGUUUUUAUUAAGGAAGAUGAUAAACAAAAGGAAUUUUUAAACUUAAAUGAUAUAAAAGAAGAAACUGUUAUAAAAAAGGAAUUAGAAGAUGAUAUUUUUGAAGAAGAAAUUAAGCUUAAUUUAAAAAAUAUCAAUGCAGAUGUAACUGAUGCCACUUAUGUUGAGUUAAAGAAACUUAAAUGUAAAUUCUGUCCACAAGUUUAUACAUCAAUAUUAGACUUAAGCAGUCACUUGAAAGUUCACAGUGAGAGGACAUCAUUACCAUGUUCAGAAACCAAGAAAAAGUUUGAGUGUGAUAUUUGUCACAAAUCACAUUUGAGAGAACAUUCAACAUCACACAGAGAAGAACUGCAAUUUGAAUGUGAAACCUAUGAACAGAGCUUUUCUCAAAAUAGUCAAAGUUCACAAAAGACAGAUGAUAUUGUUAUUGAAUCCCAUAAUGAGCAAAAUCCAUCAAAUCAAAGACAUAUGGUAACAGUCAGAGUGGACAAUAAGGAUGUUCUGAAAAAAGCGCGACAACAAAGAUAUCGUGAAAGACACCGUGAGGAAAUUAACAAGCGAAAAAGAGCUAGUGCCCUAAAUAAAGAAAGAGAACGCAGGCAAUUUCUACAAAAUGAACAGCGCAUUGCAACGGGACAAAUUACUGAAGCAACAUCAAAUGAUCAGUUAGUGGAAAUUGUUCAAAUGUAUAUUUAUUAUUUAUUUUUUAAUGUUUUAUUUAAUAACAAAAUUUCAUAACUUUAGAGUGGACAAUAAGGAUGCUCUAAAAAAAGCCAGACAACAGAGAUAUCGUGAAAGGCACCGUGAAGAAAUUAACAAGCGCAAAAGAGUUGGAAGGCUAUAUCAGUUAAGUAGGAAUUGUUCAAAUAUAUAUUUAUUUGUUAAUGUUAUUGUUGUUAAUUUAAAGUCAAAAGUUCGUCACUUUAGAUUGGGCAGUGAGUGUAAUCACUUGGAGUGGGCAAAAUUUUUAGUAUUACUAGAAUAUAUAGUUGAUUUUGCGUUUAAUUGCUACUGCAUAUUUCAUACUAUUAAAUAAAUUUUUAUAAUUUUCAGAGGUGAUUCAA